AUGGCCACCUCAGCGAGUUCAAAACUGAACAAAGCUGUUAAACAGCAGUACAUGAGCCUCCCUCAGGGGGAGAAGGUACAAGCCAUGUACAUUUGGAUCGAUGGAUCUGGAGAGGGACUGAGAUGUAAGACCAAAACUCUGGAUUCUGAACCCAAGACAAUAGAAGAUCUCCCUGAGUGGAACUUUGACGGCUCCAGCACCUACCAGUCAGAGGGUUCCAACAGUGACAUGUACCUAAUUCCUGCUGCCAUGUUCAGGGACCCAUUCAGAAAAGACCCUAAUAAGCUGGUGCUCUGUGAAGUGCUCAAGUACAACCGCAAACCAGCAGAGACCAACCUCCGAUACACCUGUAAGAAGAUUAUGAACAUGGUGGAAAACAACCACUCGUGGUUCGGUAUGGAACAAGAGUACACUAUCCUGGGCACAGAUGGACAUCCCUUUGGUUGGCCUUCCAACGGCUUCCCCGGGCCACAAGGGCCUUAUUACUGUGGAGUCGGGGCAGAUAAGGCAUACGGACGAGACAUUGUGGAGGCACACUAUAGAGCUUGUCUGUAUGCUGGGGUUCAGAUCUAUGGAAGUAAUGCGGAAGUCAUGCCGGCACAGUGGGAGUUCCAGAUUGGGCCUUGCGAAGGUAUCGACAUGGGAGACCAUCUGUGGGUUGCUCGCUUCAUCCUUCACAGAGUCUGUGAAGAUUUUGGUGUUGUGGUGUCCUUUGACCCCAAGCCUAUCGCAGGGAACUGGAAUGGAGCUGGCUGCCAUACCAACUUCAGCACAAAGGAGAUGAGAGAGGAUGGCGGGCUUAAAGUCAUCGAGGAAUCCAUUGAAAAGUUGGCAAAAAGACACAGGUAUCACAUCCGGGCCUACGAUCCCAAGGGUGGGCUCGACAACGCCAGACGUCUCACUGGUCGUCACGAAACCUCGAGCAUCGAUGAGUUCUCAGCCGGCGUGGCCAACCGUGGGGCCAGCAUCCGCAUUCCUCGCUCAGUGGGGCAAGACAAGAAAGGCUACUUCGAGGACCGUCGCCCAUCCGCUAACUGCGAUCCUUACGCUGUCACAGAGGCACUGGUGCGCACAUGUUUGCUCAAAGAAGAGGGCGAUGAGCCCGCAAAUUACAGCAAGUGAACGGUUUAAAACAAAAGUAUCAUUAGCAGUACUGUAUUUAGCUCUGUGUCUGUUUCAAGACUCGACAAACCAAUCUUUAUUUUUUUGAAAUUUCUACUUGAAACAUGAAAUAAUGAUUUAAGUAUUCCUGCAUUCUUUGUGAAUUCAACUGACACAAACACUGCCACAUUUUGUCUUGGUGUCACAGUAGCUGAUAAUUUGUAUAGAUGCACACUAAUACAAUGUGUUUAACUUGUACUAAAGGAAAUUUAAGAACAGCAGCAUUUUCCUGGAGCUCUUGUUACAUUUCCCCAAAGGACAAAAACCCAAAGGCGUUUGAAUGUUUAAGCAAUCUUGGCCUCUGUCUCGAUAGUGGUUGUGGAUGGGUAAGGUUACUACGUAAGCCAGUUUACUUUUGUAGGUUUUAUAAAACGAUGCAUGUCUGUUUUAUCUCUUCUUACAAUUGUAAUUGUUGUGCUCUUUAAUAAACUGCUAACAUUUUUAUGUA